CUAGCCUGAACCUCAGGUUCGUGUUAUCGGAUCUCAGGUCCCGAAGAAUCCGAACCAACCCGAACCUCUCCCAGAAAUCCGAACCUUCGUCAUUCAAAAAAACAAGAACAAAGUAAGAGAGAGAAAAUAGAAAGUUCCUAGAGAGAGAAAAAAACAAACCAGAAACAAAUUUUAUUCUAGUGAGAGAAAGUGAUAAUUUUCUAGAGAGAGAAAAUGGUUCAGAUUGCGAAGAGGAAGAAAGGAAGACCGUCAAAGGCGGAUCUAGCUCGCCGCUCCGCCGAAUCUCCGGCCGUUACAACAGACUCCGAUUCUCGGCGUAGCCUCCGCCGCCGUAACGCGAGGUACAACAUAAUCGACUACGACGGCGAUUACAUCGAUGAAGACGAAGAGGAUGAGCGGAAACGCGAGAAGAAGAAGCUUAAACUCAUGGCGAAGCUACACCAUGGCGAACAAGAGCAAGAAUUUGAAGAUCACGCGCCAAUGGAAGAAGAAGAGUGCGAUGAAAUCGAAGGUGGGGAAGAGAACGAAGAUGCAGAAGUAAAGCACGAAGAAGACGAUGCGAUAAAGGGCACAAAAGUGGAUUUUAAAGGGCUCCACUAUGUUUCUGUUUCAGGAACUCCAGCCAAUUCUCCAUAUGGGAUUCCAUUGCCUGAUAAGAAGAUUUUGGAUUUGAUCCUUGACAAGCUUCAGAAAAAGGAUAUAUAUGGUGUGUUUGCAGACCCUGUUGAUCCAGAAGAGCUUCCUGAUUAUCACGAUGUGAUUGAGCAUCCCAUGGAUUUUGCCACAGUGAGGAACAAGUUGGCUAAUGGAUCUUAUUCUACCUUAGAACAAUUUGAGAAUGAUGUAUUUUUAAUUUGCUCAAACGCAAUGCUAUACAAUGCACCAGAGACUGUAUACCACCGACAGGCACGAACGAUACAAGAACUUGGGCGGAAGAAGUUUGAGAAGUUAAGGACUAAAUUCGAACGUUCUCAGUUUGAGCUAAAAUCAGAACAAAAAACACGGUCGAAUUCUUUGGUUAAGAAGUCAUUGAAAAAGACACCAGGUUGUGCCUCACAGGAACCUGUUGGCUUUGAUUUCUCUUCUGGCGCUACUCUGGCUACUAUUGGAGAUAUACAGCCAACUUUCCAUCCAAUGCAAGGUGGUAGCUGUGAGAGGCCUGGAAACAUUGAUGGUAUUGUGGAAGGGAAUACUUUCUUGAUUGAUGCAAAUCAAGAGAAAUCUGAAGAUGUUUUGACAGGGAAGAGUAUGCUCUAUAAGUUGGGAAGGAAGUCAUUUGUACUUGAUGACAAUCGUCGUGCAUCUUAUAAUAUGCCUAAUCAACCAAUCAGUAGAUCAGAUUCAACAUUUAUGACCUUUGAGAGUGGAAUGAGACAGCUAGUUACUGUUGGCGUUCAUACUGAAUAUUCCUAUACUAGGAGUUUGGCUCGUUUUAGUGCAUCUCUAGGACCCAUUGUUUGGAAAGUCGCGUCACACAGGAUUCAACAGGCACUUCCUGCCAGCUGUAAAUUUGGUCGUGGCUGGGUUGGAGAGUAUGAACCGCUUCCAAACCCAAUAUAUAUGCUCUCUAAUCAUGUCCAGAAAGAUACUAGUUUGAUUUUGAAGUUGCAUGGUGACAAAAAAUUUACGGAUGUGGAACCCAGCACUGAACAUCCUGUAAAUGGACAUGUGCUUGAGGGAAAACAUUCUUCAAAUUGUCCUACCCGUGGGCCUGUAUUUGAAGGAAAUCCUUCUAUUGGUUCUGCUGGAGUGAAGCCUAAUCAGCAGAAUGCCCAAUCUAGGAAUUUUGGUAAAUCUGAGAAUAAGAGUUUGAAAAAAUUGGAGCUGAAAUCUUUACCCUCAAGUAAUCAAAACCAUUCCAGUCUGGUUGCAAAGUUUGAAAGUAAUACUCCUACAGCAGAAUCUAAGCCCAAUGAGAUAGCGCCUAGAAAUUUGAAUGCUUUGCCAUCUACAACUUUCAAGCAACCAGAUACUAAUGAAAUUGUUAGUGGAGAAUUGCCUGAUGGAAAAUUCAUGAAAACAAGCUUGAAUAGACGCUCGAACGGUCCAUCAUCUGAUAGUACAUCAAAGCAAACAACCAGAGCAGCAGCUCCUUUUGUUGUCCGUGGACAGGAACAGGGUGUCAGUGACCCAGUUCAGUCGAUGAGAAUGUUUACAGAAGAGGCUCAAAAGCAACAGACUUCUUCUAACCAUUCACCAGUAGGUACUCUGCCAGAAAAGCCAUCAAUUCCAUCUGAUCAAAGAGAUAACUUGGGUAAUGCUUCAACAGAAGCUGCUCGUGCAUGGAUGUCUGCAGGGGCAGGAGGGUUUAAACUAGGACCUGAAAAUACUGGUUCACCCAAAAAUCAGAUUUCUGCAGAUUCUUUUCACAACUUACCAAGAGAGUUCCAUCAGCAUAUUUCGCGAAUUCGGGGUGAGUCUCCUGGUGGAAUGUCAUUCCAAUCAGAUAAGAACAAUUUUCCAUUUCAUGCACCUAGACCUCAACCUAUUCACACAGGUGCCGUCUCGCAGUUCUCCAACCAACCUAUGGUUUUCCCUCAAUCAACAUCUGCUGACCAACCUAGAUUUCAAAUGCAGUCCCCUUGGCGAGGUCUCAGUCCUCGUAGCCAAUCGAGGCAGAAACAGGAAACCUUUCCGCCUGACUUGAAUAUUGAUUGUCAAUCUCCAGGGUCACCUGCAAAACAAUCUUCUGGUACCAUCGAUUCACCGCAACCAGACCUAGCUUUGCAACUAUGAAGUGUCAUUUGUCUCUUGGUUUGGAUAUUUCGACAGGAAUUGGACUGGCGGAAUUUGAAGCUCCUUUUAUUGGACGCCGAAUUUUGUCCUAAAAGGCUUGAAUAAAUGUGAGAAAUCCAUUAGUCUGCCUGGGUUGGGAUUUAGCCCAAGACGGUCCUUAAUCAAAAUGAGAUUGCAAGUUCAGAAGACUUUAGUGGAUAUGUAUAAAAAAUAACUUAAUGGCUUGCCAUCUUCUCAUCUCCGCUGCCAUCUGCCGGAGAUGAAGCCAUAGAAAAAGCUGCCUAUUCGUUGAUUAUGAUCAGUAGGUAGCAGGCAAAAAAUAUUGUUGAUGCCUUGUAUAUUGUAUACUAAUUGAUGAAAGUCGAUUGCCUAGAUAUUUCUUUAAUUUAUUGAUUAGUACAUUGUACUACUGCUAGAUCUGUAUUAGAGUUGGUGGUAGGGCAUCAUAACUAUGUUAUUAAUUUGUACAUGUGAUUUAUAUGUUUGUUUAUAAUGGAAAACCAUUGCUUGCUUCGUUUGCCUGAUUUAACUCUAUUGAGUUAUUUCAACAUACUAA